AUGGCUAGCGAGAAUUCAGAGUUUAAGCUAUACAGAUACGAUCCCUCUAUUGCUGCAGCUGUCGUCUUCAUCAUUCUUUUCCUGGCUGCAGCAGGCAUUCAUACGUUCCAAGUAGCCCGAACAAGAGCAUGGUUCGUCAUCCCGUUUGUCAUCGGCGGACAUUUUGAAUGGAUCGGAUAUAUUGGCCGUGCCAUCUCCGGAGACGAGGCCCCCGAUUUUACUGUGAAACCUUAUAUCCUGCAAACCCUCCUCCUCCUCGUUGCACCCACCCUCUUCGCCGCAACCGUCUACAUGGAGCUCGGCCGGAUUGUGCUCCUAACAAACGGAGAGGCAUAUUGCCUCAUUCGCCGAACGUGGCUAACCAAGACAUUCCUGCUCGGAGACAUCAUUUCGUUCAUUAUGCAAGGCGCAGGGGGCGGGAUAAUGGCCUCUGGAACACCCAACGCCCUAACCACUGGCGAGAAUAUCAUAAUCGGCGGUCUCGUCGUACAACUAAUCUUCUUCUCGCUCUUCGUCAUAACGAGUAUUAAAUUCCACCGCGGAGUGUCGAAUACUCCAUCACGCCGUGUCCUUCACUCCCAAGCGCCCUGGAAGCGGCACAUGUACGCCCUGUACGGGGGAAGCGCGCUUAUUUUUGUCCGAUCACUGUUCCGAUUAAUUGAAUAUGCGCAGGGAAAUGACGGGUAUCUAGUAUCACAUGAGGUAUACCUGUACAUCUUUGAUGCGUUGCUCAUGGUGCUGGUUAUGGCUCUCUUUGCAUGGGUGCAUCCGAGUGAAGUGCAUGCGUUAUUGACGCCGGGGGGUCGGGGGAGGGCUGCUGAACGGGUGUUUUGGUUGAAGAUGGAGGGUGGUGAGAGCUUGCCGUAG